AUGGACUACAUAAAGGCGACAACAUCGGUACCGGUCGACUGGCAAAAGGAUCCAUACUGGCGCAAUCGUCACCUUUCGCCUGCACAAAUCCAGGUCUACGAUGUGCGACUCGAUGAGAGCCGUUACGGCUCCGGCUCAAUGCUGGAGAUGAACGAAGUCUUUUCUUCCGCGUUGCUGCCAGAUCUGGAAGACAAAGACAGAUCAGCGAGCAGCAUACCAUCGGCUGAAGUGACCAGGGCUGAGCUUGGUCACCUCCAAAAGCUAGCGGACGAGUUUGGGUGGAUGAAUUGUUUGAGGAGCAACAAGAUGCAGACGCCAACUUCUGACCCACUGGACCUACGGAAAUGUCGUUGGAUACACAUAUCCAGCAAUUACUCGGAUUAUCUUUCGGGAUGCUUAAUUGCCUUAUCCGACUGGAGCAAAGAACCUCAGAAGAUUGCUGCAGCGCUUCAUCAGUUAGAGCAUUGUGUCAAUCAGCAAGAACGAUUCUCAAAGCACGGAAGAUAUUUUGCUCCGUUCUUCCAGCGUCUGACUGGCAGCUACGAUGAAGAUAGUAGUGACAACGGAGGGCCAAUGCUACUGAGUGUUCCAUUCCUGGAUUGGACUGUUGAGGGUGAAACGCCUCCCCUCAGAUUUCAAGUUGAUCCACGAGAAGGCUAA